GUUAGUACUUACUUCUUACUCUGUAGUCCGCUAUAAAUUCCAUCUGUUUGCGUUUGAUGUGUUGAUUAUUAGUUACCAUUGGUGUUUGGGCUCUGACCACAUACGACUUCUACUAUAUACACAUAUACAUAUAAUAUUAUACAUUUACGUAAUAUUGCAUUAAUACGCAUUUUAUUUAUAAACCGUUGAAUAGUUCAUGAAAAAAAUUCUUUGACCCAGAUAUUCGAUAUUGUGUGCAUGAAUGUAUUGUAGGAGUAGAAUAUUGUGUUUAACCCGUGAAAUUUUACCGUUGAGAAACAAGAUCGAUUAUAUUAAAAUAAGGACCAUGAGUCAAGGAGAAUCAGCCGACUUCAAGGCAGACUUGAAAAAACGUUUAUCGCCCAUUCAAUACCAUGUCACCCAAGAAAAAGGAACGGAAAGAGCGUUUACCGGCAAGUUUAAUAAAACUACAGAAGCUGGUUUGUAUACUUGCGUAGUAUGCAAUGAAACAUUAUUCACUUCGGAAACAAAAUUUGAUUCUGGUUGCGGUUGGCCGGCUUUCAAUGAUGUUAUCGAUCAGAAAAAAGUGAAACUAACUACUGACACUUCAAAUGUUGGAGCAAAUUUGCUGUUAUUGAUAACCAACCCAGGUAUGAUAAGAACUGAAGUGCAGUGUGGAAAAUGUGAUGCACAUCUAGGACAUGUUUUUAAAGACGGCCCACCACCAACAGGACGAAGAUUUUGUAUAAAUAGUGCUUCAAUGAAUUUUCAUCCAAUAAAUCAAGAGAAAUAAUAAAUAAAUGAUCUUUGCACAUGAAAUAUUGGUUAUAUUUUGUUGCAGUUACUCACUACAUAUUUAUUAACACAAAAUGGAUUUUAGUCAACAUAAACAUGUUAAUAUUUAUUCGUGGAAGUUUCCAUAAUUUUAUUUAACUAAUACUUUAUUGUGUCAAUGAUAAUUUAACUAUUAAUUAUCACCUAAUAAGAAAAUAUUGUGAUUAAUGUAAAAUAUUUUAAUAUUUAUUUGGAAUUGGAUAAUAAAUGUGUUUGUAAACAA